AUAGCGGACACAUUGCCAGUCUGCCAGCGUUCGCUGAAUGCUUUACCAAUUUCAAAUAACUUAAUACCUGCCCGGGCGAGUGUCUAGUUUGUUGGUUUUGCACAAAUGUGGAGCAAAUUUCUUGUAAAUAUCGAAUCGUUAACGCUGAAUCAUAUUGUGUAUUCAUUGUUUCUGGUUGUAAAUAUUCUAGCAUGUUUAAUUCGCCCUGCUUGAGGAUUUGGGUUUGGGUUUUGGUUAAGGUUAUUUACAAGUUAACGUAAAGCUGUGACAUGGAAAAUAAGAUGCCGUUCUUUUCCUUUCGUUAUCAGUUUCCUUAGACCUGGAUCAUACAAUUCCCACCGCAUCGCCAGGAGCUAUAGUUUCUUGUUUAAAUUCCAGUGCAAGUUUAUAAAAUGAACAGACUUACUUUUUCAUUCAUUUAGGCCUAUGAAAGAAAGACCUUAUUCUGGUCGGGGACUGAAAGUGUUUUCGGAGUGAAUAAAAGGAUGUAUGACGUGGAAAUAUGAUUAACAACUAUAUUUUAAAAAAUUUAAAUGCGUUUAGAACAAUUAUUAAUUAUUUUAAGACGUGCCAAACAGUGGAAAUAAUCGUCUCCAACAUUUUAGCGCCGCCGACGCUAUCAGGGCAACUUUGAAACAUUAUCUCGCCUGAGGCUGAUUUAUGACGAACAGUAAAACGUUUAAGUUUCAGUAAUCAAUUAUGGACGGAUCAUAUGAUAUUGGUAUCAGUUUAUAACCCGUCCAGGAGUAGUAAGAUGUAGUCCUAGAUGGUCCUCUUUUUUUUCUUCUCAAAAGCGUCUGGUCGGAUAGAUUCUAUAACGUUUUGAUGAUUUCAUUUGGAAGGGGAAAAGCUAAUUUCGUUGGGUUUAUUAAGUUUAAAUUUAUUACUGUAAUUUGCUGUGUGCAUGUUUAAUGUGAUUUGUCGGUGGAACGGUUUCUUUGUCAAACUUUAACCACUCUCUGACCGGGCGGCGAUCCAGUAUUUACUUGUUGUGAACCCUGAGUCUCUCCCCGAUUCGUCAGUUUAGGGGGCGUUGGAAACAUGUCCAGAGCUCUUUGAUUGUUUUGCCGAGAGACCAGUGAGCUCCAAGGCGCGCGUUUUGUAUAGCAGCUGAGGUCCAGUGAACCAAACCGGGCACGCUAGUUAGCUCCCCCAAAUUAGAUGAUUUUCUUGCGAAAACAUCGUCCACAUAGACCAUGAAACAGUGGGUUUCAAAUGCUGCAAGCAACAUGCAGACCUGCUGUAGGCUCAGAUAUUAGCUGCGUUGGUGGAUUAAUUCUGGCAUCCAUAUGCAAUAUCCAUUUCUCUCAUGAAAGUUUCUACGGAACGUGCAGUGUUUUUUUCGGUCAACCCCCCCCCCCCCCCCCAAACAUCCACUCUUUGGUCUUGCCUGUCCAGAGAUCAGUGUUCCAGACAUCUUGUGGUUCAUUGAGGAGCAAUUUUGCAAGCCUCCUGGCUACCCUUCCAUGAAAGCUAUGCUUGUUCAGUCUUUUCCUAAUGGUGGAGUAAUGAACUGUAGCAUUUACCAUGUUGACAGAGGCCUGUAGGUCCAUGAAUGUAACUUCAGGGUUCUUAGCAAUUUUUUUGAGCAUUAAGUGGGCUCAUCUUGGGAUGAAUUUGUUGGGACUCCCACUCCUGAGUAGAUUGCUGUCCAUCUUGAAUGUUCUUCAUUUGUAAAUGAUCUGUUGAAUAAUGGACUUCAUAUUGUUUAGAAAUGGCUUUAAACCCUUGCUUCUCUGAGAUCAACACAGAUAUAUUUUGCCCUUGGUGUGCUGUGUUAACGCAGACCUGAUCCAGACAGAAAUGUCUGCUUUUAUAUACAGGUGAUAGCACUACCUGAUGAUCAAGUAAUCAUGUGCCCAUGAUUGGCAGCAUCGUAAAAACGUCCCAUCCCUACUUCAGACCAUAAAACCUGAGUGCUCAUAUACAAGUCACUGUAAAGCCAGCUGGUUAUUAUAAACUUCUGUAAGUGUGUAAAAUAUCCUUCAUUACGCGAGUCACUAGUUUUUCCACAGGCAGUUUUCAUGUGAAAUCUCAGUGUGAAAUCAGGAGAGCCUUCUUUGAUCACUGUCCAAAUCAUCUUGAUAAGUUGUCAUGGUCAAUUUUCACGGUAUCUUUUGUCAUUAGCCUAAUUGAUGAUGCUUGUAAACGUUUGUUGUAAAGAUAUGCAUCUUUCUCCUGAAGCUGGUUGUAAAGGACAAGUAGUUUUUUUAUUUUUUUUGUGAAGUAGUUGGAUAAUUUUUUUUGUCUGUCCCAGAACUCCCUCCGUGACAUCAGUGUUCUUUUCUUGUGCCAAUAAUUUGUGCAAUAAUAACGUGAAAUUGAGUUCAGAUCAACCGUUCCUGUCAAAUCAUGGAUUUCAAGAGGGAGCUUUGUCAGAUCAAGUCUGCCAACUUGCUUGGGGGCCAAAAACCUACAGGGGGAAAAUUAAAGAAUUUAGUUUCCAUACAACAAGUCAUACCUGAUGGUUUCUUGAUGGUGAAGGGUGAUCUGUUAAUUUGACUACACAAUAGCCUAUAUUGAAUCAGUCUGCAUGAAAUUUACCAGGUAGAUACUGGUGCACUUGGUUACCCAAUGACUUUUUGUUCGAAAUUAUGUCCAUAUUACUUUCCUUCUGCUCCCUGUGUUAGGAAAACAGAUAGCUUUUAUGAGGUUAUUAACCACUAAGUGCAUGAUUAGUCAGGUCAUUGUGCUGAUCCAGUGUCUAUGGACACUCCAUAGGAUAUUGAUUGUAAUGAAAUUUUAAAUUAAUAAUGGUGAGUCAUGUGAUUAAGAAAGUGAACAAUCCCUUCAAAACAUAACUUUUAUAAAGGUAGCGUCUGUUCUUUCCUGGUCGUUUUUUCCAUCAGAUGAACAAAAAAUUAGAUAUUUCCAGAUAAAAUUCUAAAACUGAAGCAGGGAAUACAAAGCAAGCCUUCAUGCUUUAUAGCUGGCUGACAUUUUUCAUUUGAACCUGGCGCACAAUGCACAAGUUGACAGGCGGUGUGGUGAAAUUCACAUUGAAGGGGUGGUUCACUCAAAAAUAGGGUUGGGUAUCAUUUAGAUUUUAUUGAUUCCGGUUACCAUUUUAAUUCUGUCGAAUCCGGUUCUUAUCGAAUCCUGGUUCUGAUACCUGUCACACUGUUUGAGUGCAAAAAGAAACCAAAAUGUGUUGUACGCCAAACCAAUAGUGGAGGUGGAUGGGUGAGGUGGAAUGGGAGGUUUGCUGUUGUGGCCGAAAAAUCUGUGGAAUCUGUGUGACGCUGUCGAGUCAGCAUGGACCAGAAUCCCGAAGGAAUGUUUGCCGCACCUUGCUGUUGAAUCCCUGUCCUGAAGAUGUCAAGCUGUUCCUGAGGCAAAAAUGGGUCCUACCUGGUAUUAGAUAGGUGACCAAAUGCAAUGCUGCUCUUCAGACACUGUCCAGGUCUUACCCGGGUUGGGCUGCUCAAGCCUCAGAGGUUCCAGCCGAGGCCCGGGGCGGCCUCUGCUCUGGCCCCGUGGGCUCGCUGGGGCAGCGGCGGUGGCGGCGAUGGCGGCGGGGGGCGGGACUCGGGGCAGUACUUCCACGGUCGCGCCCCUGGCUGGGGCCACCUGUUUGCCGGGCUGCUGGCGGGGACAGGCGCUGUACUGGCUUACGGCCUUCACCAAAACCGGGUGGAACGGGCGGCCACCACCGCCCAGCCCGUGCGGGAAACCCCAAAGUUCCCCAUCUUCACGCAGGAGGACGUGUCUAAGCACCGCACCCUGGCCGACGGCGUGUGGGUGACCUACAAGGGCGGGGUUUAUGACAUCACCGACUUUGUGGCGGUGCACCCGGGCGGCUCCAAGAUCAUGCUGGCGGCCGGGGGGGCGCUGGAGCCCUUCUGGGCCAUGUACGCCGUGCACGGGCAGGAGCACGUGCUGGAGAUCCUGUCCGAGUACAAGGUGGGCGAGCUCUGCCUGCAGGACCAGCGGCAGCAGCAGGUGGCGGGGGCCUCGUGCUCCGACCCCUACUCCGGCGACCCCCCCAGGCACCCCGCGCUGAGGGUCAACAGCCAGAAGCCCUUCAACGCCGAGCCCCCGUCCGAGAUCCUGUCGGAGAACUUCAUCACCCCCACCGCCUUCUUCUUCAAGCGGAACCACCUCCCCGUGCCCGAGGUGGACCCCGCCACCUACCGGCUGGAGGUCGAGGGGCUGCCGAACGGGCCGCUGUCCCUGUCGCUGGACGAGCUGAAGACGCGCUUCCCCAAGCACACGGUGACGGCCACCCUGCAGUGCGCCGGCAACCGCCGCUCGGAGAUGAACCGCGUCAAGCAGGUCAAGGGGCUCAACUGGGGCAUCGCCGCCAUCAGCAACGCCACCUGGGCGGGCGCCCGCCUCCGCGACGUGCUGCUGGCCGGCGGGUACGCCCCCGGCGGCGGCGGCGGCGCCGUCCGCCACGUGCAGUUCGAGGGCCUGGACAAGGACGUGACGGGCACCACCUACGGGGCGUCCAUCCCCGUGGGCAAGGCGCUGAGCGAGGAGGGCGACGUCCUGCUGGCCUACGAGAUGAACGGUGAGGAGCUGCCGGCCGACCACGGCUUCCCCGUGCGGGCGGUGGUGCCGGGCACGGUGGGGGCGCGCAACGUCAAGUGGCUGGGCCGGAUCGUGCUGAGCGCGGAGGAGAGCGCCAGCCACUGGCAGCAGAACGACUACAAGGGCUUCGCGCCCUGCACCGACUGGGACACGGUGGACUUCAAGUCGGCGCCGGCCAUCCAGGAGCUGCCGGUGCAGUCGGCCAUCACGCAGCCGGCGGAGGGCGGCGUGGUGGAGCGCUCCGCCGAGGAGGUGACGGUCAAGGGCUACGCCUGGAGCGGGGGCGGGCGGGAGGUGGUGCGGGUGGACGUGUCGCUGGACGGGGGCCGGACGUGGCAGGUGGCCCGGCUGCGGGGCGGGGAGGUGGAGGUGGAGGAGGAGGGGGAGGGGGAUGGGGAGGAGGGGGAGGAGGGGGAGGAGCGGAGGAGCGUCUCCCCGCCCCCGCCCCCUCCGGGCCGGGCCUGGGCCUGGAAGCUGUGGGAGCUGACGGCGCCCCUGCCCGAGGACGCCCGGGAGCUGGAGAUCGUGUGCAAGGCGGUGGACAGCAGCUACAACGUGCAGCCCGACUCGGUGGGGCCCAUAUGGAACCUCCGGGGCGUCCUGAGCAACGCCUGGCACCGCGUCCGGGUGACCGUGAGCGAGGACUAGGACCGCCCGUGGGUUCCCCUGAGACCGAGUUCGGCUCAGCGCACACAGAGCCGCGUUCUGAUCCCGACUGAACCUCCAGGGGCCCCGGGCCAGGGCCCCAGGGCCCCACACACUGUUCGUCUGUGAGAGGGGGAGGAAUCCGCUCUGCUCUGUAACUUGGUCUCAGCUUUGAAUAGGAAAAUGCAGCGAUGAAAGAAAAAACACCGUUACUGACUCAGGACCGAAAAUUCAAAGCAGGAUCCUCCUCCCGUCUGUUUCCUUCACGCACAAACAGAAGGACCUUUUUCGUGGUUGUGAGAAAUGAAUUGGGGUAAAUGGCUUUGGUGGAAAACUAGGUUUAUGAAGACAUAGCGGCCUGGGAGAUUAUAACCCAACAGCUGCUUAAAAUACACCACAUACAACACAUGAGCUCACUGCAGUCUAUCCCUUGGAAGGUUCUAGAAGACUCCUUCACAUUUGGAUUCUGUAACAAUUUAAAAAUAAUCUUUAUUUUAUCAAAAAUUUAUCUAAUUUUUUAAUUUAGUCACCCACUUUAAAUUUUAUAUGAAAACGAUAUAAUUAUCUGCUUCCUACUUUGAGAAGCUAAUAUAAAUAAACACAUUUUAUCUUCAGCAUGACCAAAGAACAUCACUGGAUUCCCUACCUUCCAGUGAUUGCUUAUGAUAAAGUCAUGAAGCACUAAUGUUCUAACUACAAAAUAUAAUAUUUCAGAAUUGUACUAUAUUAUGCCGGCUGCUCUAACAUAACUGAUACCUGCUUGUUUGGCUCCGCCUACGGCUUCUGAUAAGUGUCUGACAGUCACUGGCGAACAAGCAAGAAGGACAUCAAUGGUUUCACAUUUUAUUUGGGCCAGGCGCCAACCAUGUGAAAGUAUGCUUUUAUUUAGCCUUUUAUCAUUUUAAUUUUCCUUUAUCCGUGAAUAUCUUAUUUGUCACAAAACUUGGGUGAUCUUUGUACUUGGUUGGUUCAAGUGACGCUACCACUCAAUUGUGCCAUUUAUGUGUUCUAUGGAGUAUUCCACUGAAUAUUCCAUCAAUAAUGAUUGGUCUGUGAUUGUGAAAUUUUAGAUACUUUAUAAAUGAUCAAAAAGUCUUACAAAUCUCUUAGCAAUUGUAUGGCUGCCACAUGCCCAUCAAUUUUAACUGCUUUAUUUAUCGUUGUUGCGUUUAAAUUAUCCGGUCAUGACCUGGUGGUGGGUCUGGCCUUUUUGUGGAUUUCAUUUUUUUUUUUUCGUCCGCACCUUCAUAGGAACUAGCCAGAGAUUUAGGGUUUUAACAAACAAGCUAAGCUCAUGCUAACAUUUGAUAGACGUAGACUGCUUUAAAUAAAGCUCACUAAACAUGAUUUAAGACUAUUCUUACAUCUUGUUGGAUGAUAAUUGUAAUUUCCAUUUGAUGUCUGUAUGCAUGGUUUCAAAUGUAGGUAGACAAUUAUUCUUAAUUUGACAGGUGUCAUGAUGAUUCAUGUUUGCUGGGUUCAUUAUUGGAGUCAAUAAGCUAUAUUUCAAAAGGCAGAAUUCUGCUUAUUGGUUUGUUAUGGAUUUAAAGAUGUGAUUUGCAGUGAAGGGAUUUGGUGACUGUUUUGUAAAGAAUAGGAAAUUUACCUGUAGUCAUUAAUGUUGGAUAUUUGAUUAAAAAUUGUUCAGCCACGUUUAAAGUAACAGUGGAUAAAGGUAUUCAUACUGGAUAUUUUACUUAGUGUGUCCGUUACUGCUGAAACCGGGUAGCACAGGUUUUGCUCCUGGGUCUUAAACAAACUGAAGACUGAGUAAUCAAGGGACAAAAAGCACUUUAAUUGUUUGUUUCUGUGUCAUAACAGUGUUGAAUCCUUUUCCUAACAUUCAUGUGUCAUCUUGAAUCAUUUGCAAUUCCAGCAGGUCUACUACAGUGCCUUAAGAUUUGUUUUAAAAUAGUAUAAUUUAUUGGUGUAUGAUCAAUCAUAUUUUAUUUUUAGACAUUGUCUAAUUAAAUUACGUGCAAUUUAUGAAUGCAACAGUGUGGUUGUGCUUUUCAUGUUGGUGUAAUAAAAAUGUAUUUUUCUGUG